AUGUUAUUCAAUGCAAGUCGUAUUGCUUUGUUGAACGAUGUUUCGACUCAACUCAAUCGUUACUUUGGAAUUUUCAUUUUUCUCUUUGGUAUUGUGGGCAAUGCUCUCAAUACGUGCGUUUUGUCACAACGACAUCUUCGUUCAAAUCCUUGUGCAUGGCUCUUUCUUGUUUCAUCAAUUUCUAAUAGUAUUGGUAUUCUUGCUGGACUUACUUCUCGACCAUUAUCAACUUGGUCUGCUGAUCUAACAGCUACAAAUCAAUUUCUUUGCAAACUUCGCGCCUUUCUUCUGCACGUUGCAAUUAAUGUCGGCUCUUGGCUUAUCAUGUUGGCCACGAUUGAUCGAUGGCUUUCAUCAAACAUUAAUGCUAAUCUACGACGGAGAAGCACAAUGAAGCAUGCUCAACUUGAUAAUCAUAUUCUUGAAAUAAUCUGGAAUCAACCAAUAUUAAAUCAAAAAAAUUCUAAUAUACAUCGUUGUUUAUAUUCAAGUGUUUCACUUCAAACAUAUCCAACAUCAAACAAUGUAUCAUGUGCAAGAUAUCACGAUUGUCGAUUUAUUUAUUGGAAUCGAAAUGAUAUUCAACAAGUCAAUCGGGAUGUUCAAUUUAAUAACUAUCUCAAUUAUGAUCAAGAUUUUUAUACAGUAUUAAAUUAUCUUACUGAUUAUGGUCUUGUUUUCAUUGAUUAA